AUGACAGUACACAAGACCAAGUUUGACCCAGAGGUCCUCUUGAGUGCACCCCGCCGUUCAGCAUGCGUCCCGAACUCAGCAGGGACGCUCUUGGCCUAUACGCAAUCAACGUAUAGCUUCGAAUCCCAUUCAUCACACACGGAGCUAAUCAUACUCGACCUCGCCUCGAAAAAGACCAGGGUUCUUACCAAUUCAUACAGUGGAAGUCCGCAAUGGCUUGGUGAUAACCAGUUGAUUUGGUUGAAGGAGGAGAGUAACGGAAAUACGAGCUUCAUUGUCACCGAGGUUUCGGGUGACUCGAAGCCUUAUGUUGCCGGUGUGACUCCUGGCACUGUAUCGAAUCUCAAAGUCACUCAGUUAUCGAAAGACCACUUUGCUUUUGCUGUUAGUGGUAAGGCAAACGCGGACGGAACACUCUUCAACCCUUCCAAUGUGAAGAAACCAGUCAGCUCCGGCAAGAUCUAUACCUCUCUUUUCGUAAGGCACUGGGAUGAAUAUACCCAAGACGAAAAGCAAACAAUAUGGAUUGGAACAUUACGCAAGUCUGCCCUUUCUGGGCCUGGGUCAUCCCAGUACUCCCUAUCUGGGUUGAAAAAUGUGUUCAAGCUAUUCAAUCUUCCUCAGCGUGUCGAAUCUCCAAUUUUGCCCUUUGGUGGAACUGACCAUUUCGAUAUUUGCCCCAAAGGAGUCGUCUUCGUUAGCAAAGACCCUACUCUUAACGAUGCUCUUCAUACAAAAUGCGUCUGCUAUGUGUGCCCCAUUCCCUUUGCUGCCCUGACCGAAUCUAUCGACCCCAUUGAAGCCAAGGUAGUUAAGGCUACAUCACUUGAGGGAGCCUUAACGUCCCCGGUAAUAUCCCCGGUCAAUAACACACUAGCUUUCCUUGCUAUGCGAGAAGAUGGAUAUGAAUCGGAUAAGAACAGAGUAGUCAUAGCCAAGGGUGUAUUUGAUCAGGAGUCUGAGCCUAUCGAACUUUUUGCCAGCGAGGACAACAUGGGCGCAUGGGACCGCAGCCCAAGCUCGUUAGUAUGGGCUUACGAUGAUUCUUCCCUUAUAAUCAAGGCAGAAGAUACAGGCCGGGGACUCGUAUUCCAAGUCCCAAUGGGAGACGCAAAGACUUUGACCACCGCUAAUCUGCUUAAUAUCUCCUCUACCGGCUCAGUUGUGGAUGUGGCUUCCACUCCCAAGGGCCUUUUCCUCUCAAGCAGCAGCCUUGUGGAAAGCAGCCUAUACUCGUUGGUAGAAGCCAAACACCAAGGGGAAACCAGAGAAAUCUCAUCGGCUACAAACAAUGGCUCAUCCUUUGGUCUCGCGCCAUCCCAGGUCAGCGAGACUUGGUGGAAAGGCGCCAACGACCACCCAGUUCAUGCUUGGGUCAUUAAGCCUUCUGACUUCAAGCAAGGCAAAAAAUAUCCUCUGGCAUUCCUUGUCCAUGGUGGACCCCAAGGAGCAUGGAAUGAUCAAUGGAGCACUCGAUGGAACCCUCUAAUCUUUGCUGAGCAGGGCUACGUAGUCGUCACGCCAAACCCCACUGGAAGUACCGGUUACGGACAAGGCUUCACUGAUGCCAUCAGAGGGUCUUGGGGUGGCCUACCUUACGAAGAUCUCGUUAAAUGCUUCGAGCAUAUUGAAAACAAUCUUACUUUCGUGGACACUGACCGGGCCGUCGCUCUGGGUGCAUCGUACGGUGGAUUCAUGAUGAACUGGAUUCAAGGACAUGAGCUUGGAAGAAAGUUCAAGGCUUUGGUUACCCAUGAUGGAAUUUUCAGUACCAAAUUCUCCUUGGCUGCUGAGGAGUUAUACUUCCCUAUUCAUGACCUCAAUGGAAUUUACUGGAAGAACCCUGAAAGUUGGAUAAAAUGGGAUCCCUCCGAGUUCAUUAAUGAGUGGAAGACGCCGCACCUCGUCAUCCAUAGCGAGCGUGACUACCGACUUACGAUCGCUGAAGGUCUUGCGCUUUUCAACGCACUUCAGCUGCGUAGUGUAGAGAGUGCACUCUUGACAUUCCCGGAUGAGAAUCAUUGGGUCAUCAAGCCGGAAAACUCCUUGCUUUGGCACAGAGCAGUAAUCAACUGGAUCAACAAAUAUGCGGGACUCGCCCCAUUGCUUGACAAAGACGGCAAUAACUGUUUCCCAGAAGAUAUGACCCCAAAGAAACCAUGA